AUGAAGUUCCUCCUUGCCUCCCUUUUCAUUGCUGCCGCCAGCGCCUUCUCUCCCAACUCUUUGCCCAAUGGUCGCGUCUCCAAGACCGAUGUCAAUGUUGUGGAUCCCGACAUGUUGCACCACUUGGCCCAAUAUGGAGAAGACGCCGCUACUGCCAUGUUCAUCAACUGCGACAACGCCGGUUGUGAGUUGGUCGAAGGUGUUCACGAUUCCGACGGAUGGUACUUUGACAGCAAGGGACCAGUCGAGAGUCAUCACAGCCAAAUGCUCAUGAUGUCCAUGGAAGACACCGAGUAG